UCAGUAACUUCUGAUUGCAUUUCUAUCGAGAAAUUAGUAUUGUAGUUUUUAAAUAUGUGAUUAGUUAUAGCAAAGACGCUCUCUGUUUAUAAUUCAAAUAGAAUUCCGUUACGCUGCCUAUGAAGCCUGUCUCUCUAAAGGCGGGUGUACACGGUGCGAUUUUUGCUGUCGAAUGAGCUCGCAGGUGAUUUUUUUCCAAUCGCGAGGAAAUCGUUGAUGUUCGUAUGGUCGCGGCUUGUAUCUUGUGCGAUGAAUUACGAGCAGAGUGCCUUAAGAUCACUUCCCGACCUCCCGAUCAUUUUUAAACAUGUCGAAAAAGUUCGGGAGCUAUCGGAUUGAAACAGUGACGUGUAUGUUGUUGCCGAUUUGUUGAUCUAUCUGAAAUCGACCAAUCAGGAGUUACUAUUUGCAUAAACUUGUGUGACACGCUAUGAUUGAUUUGAUAUCUUCCGUGACCACAUCAAAACAUGCACGUUAUUACCUCAAGUUGUUUUUGACGAACAGAAAGUCCAUGCUGUUCUCUUCUCUUCAACCAAAUUCUUUGCCAUGUCCUUUUUUCUUUUCUUUUCUUUUCUUAAUUAUUCUUUCGCAAGCCAUUGCUGCAACAAAGAAAGCAAUCUCUUCUUCUGACUCCAUGUUUUUGGUGCGGAACUUCAUAUGAUUGCUUGGGAAAUCGGCAGGUCGUACAACCGUGUCAUGUUUCACUGCCUCCGUACACUUCUCAGUUUUACUCACUCGUGACGUGUGCGUGGACAUAUGGUCUUCUGACCAUCAGAAUUCGCCCGGCUUAAGCUGCCUCCGUGCACAAAUGCUGUCUUUGAACAUUGCUGGCUGCUUUUAGUAACCACACCGUGCUCUGGGUUUGGGCUAGUACCCGGGCUCGGAGCCCUCUCCCCGGACAGCACGCCAAGUACGAAUACCUUUUAACCUGCUCGUGAAUUAUCUAUUGAUGAAUAUCACUCGAAUUGACUCGCACGUGUUUUAAUUCAAAUCCUCCUAUAAAACGUACUCGCAUAAUUCACAUAUCCUACUGGGCUGGGGACUGAGCAUGUGAGAGGGCGUGGCUUCAGCGGACACGCCCCCAGCUUUUGAGAGCAGAGAGUCUUUGAUAACAUUUUAUUUAUUUGGAUGUUUUUUUUCUCCAUUCAACUUUGGCUGGGUGGUUAAUAACUUUCUUUUCUGUUGUGUGACAAACACAGAACACAUAUAUCAAUGUCACUUUACUCGGACUUACUCGGUCCUGCUUUGGUUUAUGGAGUGUCCAACAACAAGUUUACGUACACACACGGUGUAAAAACACUUUCGUUUUCUAGUAAUAGCCAGUUAUUAUUACCUCACUCACUUCUUGAUUGUCUCUCAGAUGAUUCGUUUGGCGAUUCAUCCAUCUAAUCCCCUCCUUUCUGUCAGCCUACUCUGAUCUGAUUGGUCAUAGGUCUAUAGUCUGCUGUGAUUGGUCUACCACGUGCAGCAAAUGGAACGUAGGCGGGCAUCACACCGAGUGACGCAAAUCUGUCCCGGAACUGAAAUGAGAACAACAAGAUGACUCUUUCGCGCGAUUCCUUUUUUCUCAAGCCAAUGGUUGUUAUUCGUUCACUUUCGGCUUUACAACUCGUCAGACUGCUGACAUUCACUCACAGCAACAUCACGCACGGCAGGACAUGUCAUUCUAAGGACGUUGUAAUAGUAACUCUUCAAAGGGACACUUCACCCAAAAAUGAAAAUUCUGUCAUCAUUUUCUCACCCUCUGAUUGUUCCAAACCUGUAUAAAUGUCUUUGUUCUGAUGAACAUAAAGGAAGAUAUUUGUAAGAAUGUCAGUAACCAAACAGAUCUCCUCCCCCAUUGACUCCUAUAGUAUUUAUUUUCACUAUGGCAGUCAAUGGGGUGAGAUCUGUUUGGUAAAAUGGGUGUAAAUAAUGCGGCAUUUUGUGUAGAUGGAACAAGAGACGAUAUCAAUGUGCAUUAUAGUCUCAAUGUGCUUUCUGUGAUUUCAUAGAGUCUUCAGAAUGUGCCACGUGAUUUAGGGAUCACUGUCUGUGGCUGGUUUGGUUUUACUUGAAUCUUGUGUAUCCGGUAUUUCAGGUGAGAACGGAAAGUGUUUGUGAUUCAGAUGUUCCGUCUCCGUGCCAGAGAUCUGUCUGAUCGAGGUGAGAUGAGAGAUGUUUUAUCAUGACCAUCAUCUCAAACUUCCUCAUUUGAGGUCAAAGCACAUGAUCAGAUGCUUUGAGGAACUAGGACCUUCUUCUGUUAUAAUGGAGAACCUUCAUAUGAGCGACACUGAUAAGAAGAAACCCGUCUUCUCGUUCCUCUCAUGAUCUGAAGUGUUGUUGGUCAUGUUUCUUAAAGAAGCAGUUGAGAGAUGACCGACAGUGACGGUCAAGAUGUUCACAAGACUGACUGUAAAGAAUGAAGCUUUGGCGGAUCCGUCAGGAUUGUCGUUGAAUUGUUUUUGUGUGAAGUCAGAGAGCGAGCGGAGGGUUAUUUCUGUCGCAUGAUUCUCUGCUCAUCCUGAAAUAACUGAAACAUGCUUCAGGAAGUGUACUUUGGGAAACUGUGUGCCGUCUUACUGUGGUGUGACAUUUAUCACGUGAGACCGGGGAUGGUUCUUUUCUUUCGUUGGCUGAAGAUUCUUCUUCCACACCGUGAGCGUGAAGUGAUAGAACACGAAUCUUCAGUUCCUUUGUCUCUUUAUCUCUUGACUCCUCGCUGUGGGCAUCUAGGUUUAGUUUACAUGGUUUCAACCUUCAAAACAUCUUUUCAGUAAAACGGCUUUGUCAUUGUGAAAACAUUUAUGUAGAAAGUAAAACCCCCCAAUCUGUCUCUCUCUUUAUUUCGAUUUAAGCUUGCUUUUAUUGAAUUGACAGACAAACUCUCUCUGUCUCUCACGGUCUGUCUGAUGUUGGAUAAGUGAUGAAGCACAUGAUUCUUCAGAUCUUCUUCUUCACUAUCUGUUGUGGUCUGGAGUUGCUGGUGAUUUUGUUAUCCGGAGGGUUUGUUGGAGCAGGAAUGUCUUCAGACUCAUUGGCUCGUCUUCAUUCUCACCUCCAGGCCGCAGAUGUUUUCUCCGAUCUGAAACUCGGAGCUUCAGGCAUACUUUGCGUGUUCAUGACGAUCUGUCGGUGAUUCUGUGAAGGUGUUUUGAGGACAUGAGUGUUUGUUUGUGACCGAUUGCAUGUGUUUGUGUGAUGGGUUAGUCGGUGAGAGAAUCACUACACUGGUUUACAGUCUUGUGUGUGUUUGUGUUGAAGCAGAGAGCUCACAUAUGAAGAUGUCACAGUCAUUGUAAGAAUGCGCAGAAUUCGUCCUCUCUUUCGACUAGAAUCACCUAAAGAAUGUUACUGAAUGCAAUAAAGUUGUUAAAGAACAUGUAUUUUUAAGGUGUUUCAAGCUCAGGUUAUUAUUUUCUGCUGGUUUGUUGGUGCAGAGGCUUGUGGGUACUGUACAUCUGCUGCAUAGAUUCUGUCAUCUGUGAGAGGAUCUGAUCUGUGAGUCCAUGUUACGCUCUGACUGAACACACACGUGUGCGGUUAAAAUGGCUGCGGUUGAAGCUGUACGGUUGUGUGUGUGUGUGUGUGUGUGUGUGAAGCGCCGUGUGAAGCGCCGUGUCUGAUCCGAGGCUGAACUCUUUCACGUUCACACAGAUGAGCCGCUGGCUGCUUCUAUUGUUGGUUUUUUUCACGCCAUCCAAACCUCAGGGAUUCUUGAGAUAUUGUUGUCUUGUGAGUUCAGGGUGGAGCUCUUCAACACUGAAACUCGACCUCGACACACAAUGAGACCGAAUGAAGGUUGACACCAGUGACAAGAGCUCAACAUCUGACAGCUCAUGUGACGUCUGCUCAUCUGAAACCUCUUUUACCCCAAACUAACCAUGCUUUCACGAUAGUCAAAGUUUAGCAUGUUUUUUUCUAUUCGAGUUGGUUACCAUUUGGACAAUCACAGUUUUACUACCCAUACCAUGGUAAACUAUGGUUACUGCAUGAAAACCACAGUUCAUUUGUGGUAGUUACGGUUUGAUUAUACUAACCAUAGUUUUUGGGUUUUAUUUGUAGUAAAACAUGUUUCAUGUUCAUAAGGGUUUCUUAAAACUGUAAAGGGCUUCUUCACCCAAAAAUGAAAAUUCUGUCAUCAUUUACUCGCCUGUUUACAUGUCUUUGUUCUGAUGAAGACAGAGAAAGAUAUUUGGAAGAAUGCUUGUAACCAGACAGAUCUCGAUCCCCAUUGACUCCCAUAGUAGGAAAAAACACAAUGGUUGUCAAAAGUGCCGCAGAACUGUUUGCUGUCUUACAUUCUUCAAAAUAUCUUCUUUUGUGUUCAACAGAACAAAGACAUUUAUACACACUUGGAACAACAUGAAGGUUUCCCUGAUUUUCCAGGGAGUGCUGAGCAAUGGAAGUGCUGCAGUGUGAUGGCUGUGAUUUCCGUGCAGAGUCUAAUGAUGAGCUGAAGGCGCACAUACAAGACGUCCACACGGCUUUCCUACAGCCCACAGAGGUGAGAGAGGACGACGAGUCGCCCCGGAGGUCCAGAUCAAACUCCUUAAACUCCCUCAGUCCAAUAGAAGAUGACGAAGACUCGACCAAUAAUCAUGACAGCUCGAUGAAAAAGGACGCAGGUCUCCACGCCUUUAACAAAGAUCUUGGGCACCUCUCCAUUUCAAAACAAACAAAACGUAACCAGUCACCGAAACCUUCGAACAAACCAUUAAGCCCCUUUUACCAGUGCAAGUCAUGUGUGCGGUACUUCAGAUCCAGCUCUCUUCUCAGUGAACACACUAGAAAGGUCCACGGUAUCCCCGGAGAAGCUUCGGCAAGCGACGAGAGCUCUUGCAACACUACCAAGCAGACCGUCUGCUCCGUGACCGCACAGGGUGGUGUCGGAACUGUCUUCUCUUGCCAAUAUUGCACUUAUAAAUCCCCACACAGAGCACGCCUUCUAAAACACCAGAAGGUGCAUCACAAAGAUGGUCUGCAGGGGAAUUCUCCAGUGGCAGCGAAGGUUCUGGCCAUGGACUCUGACGCCUCCUCCGUUGAGGAACAGUGUGAGGAAGAGUCGCAGAGGGAUCUUCUAGAACGUCAUGUGCUGGAGUCCAUGAUCAAACCUCAGUCAAGAGGAGGCUUGAACUGUGAAUGGUGUGGCUUUCAGACUCAGCAGAGGCAGCAGUUAGCUCAUCACAUGAUGAAGAAGCACCGUAACAUGGUGAAGAUCAUGGCGUCAUUGCAGCAGCCCAAGAUUCAGGACGGAAGUGCCGGAUCCAGCAAGUCUGAUUCCGCUUCAUCAAGGAGAAGCACUCCCACCUCCAAUGUGAUGCUGAAUGAUCUAGCUAGCAGCGAAGGUUCCUCCAUAAACGUCACAUCAAUCAAAGGGCCCUCCGGUAACACAACACUCAAGCCCAAUUCAGGGAUAUCACAUCUUCAGUACGCACAGCUCACAGCAAAAAUACCCAACAGCACAGGAUCUUCCAUACUGUCCGAGAGAUCGACUUUCGUCACGUCAGAUAUGUCCAGCUCUGCUGUGGAUCUAGAUGCCAGCAUGUUAAAUGAUUCCAGAAGCAGUUCAGAUGAGGGGCUCUGUGACUUGGAUGAGCCCGGUUACACAGAGGUGUGUGAGGAUUCCACUAAACUUCUACUUUCGAAAGAGGAUAAUGACCUGCUGGAGACCAAAGGAGUUCCCUUCAGAAGACACAUGAACAGGUUCCAGUGCCCUUUCUGCUCCUUCUUAACCAUGCAUCGCCGUAGUAUUUCACGUCACAUCGAAAACAUUCAUUUGUCUGGUAAAGCUAUGGUGUAUAAAUGUGACGAGUGCCCCUUCCUUUGUACCAACCCGCUAAAACUUGACGCACACAAAAAAUGUCACGCUGGAUCUUCUGAAUGGGGCAUCAUGGACCUGACCAGUGAAAAUCCAGACUUUCAGGCUGAAUACCCUGAGCCAGUAAAUGGAGGAAACGGCAGCUCUAAAAUCAACGGUAAAAAAUCCGCUGCAGCAGAAGAGCAGCAGUGUCCUCAUCGAUGCUCACUGUGUAACUUCUCCACGACAACACUGAAAGGUUUACGUGUCCACCAGCAACACAAACACUCAUACUGUGAUGGAAGUCAAGUCACGAGUCAAGACGUCUCAGUCAGUGAACAGCACGACUCUGAAUCAGAGUCGUGCAGCUCUUCAAGCUUCGUUAAAAAAACGCAAACGUCAAUCUUAGGAUUUUCAAACAAGAAGCACCUCAUUGGGAAAACGGCCAGAAAAUCCAUCAACGAUCUGCCCUUGGAUCUUUCUCCUGUCAAAAAAAGGACACGGAUUGAUGAAAUCGCAAAUAAUCUCCAGAGCAAGAUUAGUCAAAGCCAACAGCAGGAAGAUGUGAUCAAUAUUGAGGAGAUGGACGGUGAUGUUGAGGAGAACGGCAAUCAUGUUGAUUUUGAGACGAGCAAGGAGAGAGAAAACAUUCGAGGGCAGCGCUACACCUUCAACGCUCAGCCCAUUCACGUCAGAGGUCUUCAGACAGAACGAGGUGUUGGCAAAAGAAAGCGCAGCCUGCAGUCCAAGCUCAGCUCAAGAAACCUUCCUGUUCAAGUCACUAUUUCUGACGAUGAAGACGAUUACAGCGCCUCUGCAGAAUCUAAAGAUGCUCCAGAUGGUGUUUAUCAGGACAGUAUAGAAUACACAGGGGAACCUGGGAACCUGUUCUAUUGCAAACAUUGUGAGUACCAAAACAAGUCUGCCCGCAGCGUGAGCACACAUUACCAGAGAAUGCACCCUUACAUCAAGUUCAGUUUCAGAUAUAUUCUGGAUCCAGAGGACCAGAGUGCAGUUUUCCGAUGUCUGGAGUGCUUUAUUGAAUAUAACAACUUCAGUGAUCUGCAGCAGCACUAUAUGACACAUCAUCCAGAAGCAAGCAAUGUCCUAAACUUUAACCAACCAGAUCUGGUGUACAUGUGCCGCUUCUGCUCCUACACGAGCCCAAAUGUAAGGAGUCUGAUGCCCCAUUAUCAGAGAAUGCACCCUUCAGUGAAGAUCAAUAAUGCUAUGAUUUUCUCCAGCUACAUGGUUGAACAGCCUCAGAAGGGAGCCGCAGAGUCCCAAACGCUGAGAGAAAUCUUAAAUUCUGGACCCAAGAGUUUCAGCUCCACCUCGUCCGGGUCCAGAUCGUCCUCAAGUCCGGCUCUCAAAAGCAUCUGCAAAACCUCUGAUGCAAGUUUGGAGGCUGAAGCGUUUCGAGAAGGUCUCGGUGGAAACUCAGUGGUGUACGACUGUGAUAUUUGCUCUUUUUCAAACCCCAACAUGCACUCAGUAUUAGUCCAUUAUCAGAAGAAACACCCCGACCAGAAAGCCUCGUACUUCCGCAUACAGAAAACCAUGCGUGUCGUGUCUGUGGAUAGAGCGCAGCCGUCCAGCAACUACAGCUUGUCCAGCACCCCAAAGUCUUCGAAUGUUGUCGUGCCUGCAGCUGCGGAUGAAGACGUGUACUACUGCAAACACUGCAUCUACAACAACCGCUCUGUCGUGGGGGUUCUGGUCCACUACCAAAAACGACAUCCAGAGAUUAAAGUGACAGCGAAGUACAUAAAGCAAGCACCCCCCACCCCGGGACUCAUGAAGCUCAUGGAUGAGUUACAGAUCGCCCCACCUAAACAGUUUCUAAAGCAACUGAACAACAAUGGAACUGAGGGCGUGAAUAAUUCCAACGCUAAAGGAGCUUCUGACAAAGGAGAAUCUGAAAUGCUGUUCUUCUGCCAGCACUGCGACUAUGGAAACCGCACUGUGAAGGGGGUGUUGAUUCACUACCAGAAGAAGCACAGGGAUGUGAAAGCAAAUGCUGACCUCGUCCGCAGGCAUACGGCUUUAGUUCGAAGUCAAAGAGAGAGAGCUCAGAUGAUUCAAGCGGGAAGCUCCACUUCCACAGCAACCGUAGCCACAGACGCCGAAAAAUCCAAGUCGUUGCGAUCUUUGAAGUGCAGACACUGUGUGUACACGUCUCCUUACGUCUACGCCUUGAAAAAGCAUCUGAAGAAGGAUCAUCCUACUGUGAAGGCCACGGCCAUGACUAUCUUACACUGGGCUUAUCAGGAUGGUGUGUUGGAGGCUGGUUAUCACUGUGAGUGGUGCAUAUAUUCCCACGCCGAACCCAGCGGACUGCUCAUGCAUUACCAAAGACGCCAUCCUGAGCACAACGUCGACUACGCUUACAUGGCCAGCAAGCUGUGGGCCGGCCCUGACACCUCCACCAGCAGACCGGCUGGAAACUCUGAAACAAAGCAUUACCAGUGCAGAGAUUGUGCCUUUGAGGCGUGUUCCAUCUGGGAUAUAACUAACCACUAUCAAUCGGUCCACCCCUGGGCCAUCAAAGGUGACGAGUCUGUCCUCAUCGACAUCAUCAAGGGAAAUCAAGCGUCUGACAAGCUUCUCCCACCAUUGGCUAAAGGUUCUGUUUCCAUGUCCAGUCCAUUCAGCAGUCACCAGCAGGAGGAGAGCGUGGUCGAGGGCGUCCACCUGACUCACGAGCGCCACCCCAAUGUCAUUCUUUCUGCCGCCUCUUCUAUCUCCAACAACCCUUACCAGUGCACCGUGUGUUUGUCUGAGUACAACAGUCUGCACGGACUCCUGACCCACUACGGCAAAAAGCACCCGGGCAUGAAGGUGAAAGCGGCUGACUUUGCUCAGGAAGCAGACAUCAACCCCAGCUCCGUUUACAAGUGCAGACACUGUCCGUACGUCAACUCUCGCAUCCAUGGAGUUCUCACGCACUACCAGAAACGCCAUCCGUCCAUCAAAGUUACGGCUGAAGACUUUGCAGAUGAUGUCGAGCAGAUGAACGAAGUGGGAAGCGAAGGGGACGAAAGGUCUAAAACCCAGAGGCAGGGCUAUGGUGCAUAUCGCUGUAAGAUGUGUCCUUACACGCACGGCACUUUAGAGAAACUCAAGAUACACUAUGAGAAAUAUCAUAACCAGCCUGCCUCAGACAUGUUCAGAUCGAAUUCUACUCAAUCUCCAGCCGCACGAGACGAUUCUGUUGCCGAAUGUAGUAACAGCAGUGUGAAUGAAGUUUCUGGGGUUUGUGAUUAUGUCACUCAGUGUGACAGAAACGCAGUCUUUAAAUGUCAGCUUUGCAAGUACUUCUGCUCCACACGCAAGGGUAUCGCUCGCCACUACCGGAUCAAACACAACAACGUCAGAGCUCAGCCUGAGGGGAAGAACAAUGUUUUUAAAUGUGCCCUCUGCUCCUACACCAACCCCAUCCGUAAGGGUCUUGCAGCGCACUACCAGAAAAGACACGACAUUGAUGCUUACUACACGCACUGCCUGGCGGCGUCCAGAACGGUCAGCGAAAAACCCAGCAAGGUGACUGUGCCCUUGGCACCCGAAACGGAAACCUCAGCGAUGAGCGAGGAACUGAAGCAGGCGGUGGACAGACGUAAAUGUUCUCUGUGUUCCUUUCAGGCAUUCAGCAGGAAGAGUAUCGUCUCUCACUACAUAAAGCGUCACCCGGGAGUCUUCCCCAAAAAACAGCCCUCCAGCAAACUGGGCCGCUACUUCACUGUGAUCUAUUCGGACGAGGCAGAGAAGCCUCCACCCGCUGAGGCUGUGGAUGUAGUUGAGGUUAAAGAUGAGGUGGAACCUGAGGGUGAGGUUGAGUGGCUGCCCUUUAAAUGUCUGAAAUGUUUCAAGAUCUCCUUCAAUGCAGCAGAGACGCUGGUGAUGCAUUACAAUGACUGUCACGACAAAGAACUCAAGCGGGACUUUGUCACCAUUCUGAGCCCUGCGGAAGACGGGACGGAGCUCUAUCAGUGCACGCACUGUGAAAGCAAAUUCUUGACCCUUCCAGAACUCGGCGUCCAUCUGAGGAACCACAAUGAAGAUUUCCAGAAAAGAGCCAUGAGGCAGGAAAGAAGAAAACAGCUUCAAAGCAAACUGAAGACUACUGCAGAGCCAUCAGAAGCCAAAGCAGAGAAUAAGGUGGAGAGCACAGGUGAGAAGACUCCUGUUGGCUACAGGUGUAACUUCUGCGUGGAGGUCCACUCCACACUCCGAGCCAUCUGUAACCACCUGAGGAAACACGUACAGUACGGAGAGGUGAAGGAAGGUCAUGUGAAGCAGGAAACUCUGGAGACACCUGUGGCUCAUCCUGUGGACACCAUCGCCAACGGCAACGCAGAGGAUGUGGCCGCCGUGGACAAUGACCCUUCACCUCCAUCCGCCGUCCCCAUGGAGACAGAGGAGUCUGUUCCCGUGGAGACGGUGCCGGCGGAUCAGGAGAAGACGCCAGCGGUUCCCGGUCACCCGUGCAGCAUGUGUAACCGCAUGUUCAUGUCCAUGCAGGGCCUACGCUCUCAUGAGAGGAGUCACUCGGCUGUAGCACUGGUCAACAGAAAUGACAAAUACAGCUGUCAGUACUGUCAAUUCUCCUCUCCCUUCAGACACAAUUUGGAUCGUCAUGUUCAGUCUCACCACGGACAUCAGAAACCGUUUCGCUGCAAGUUGUGUUCCUUUAAAUCCUCGUACCUGAGUCGCCUGAAGAGUCACCUGCACAAAGCACACGCAGGUGAACACACAUAUAAAUGCCUGUCGUGUCCGUUCUCCACCACCACCAUCAGUCAGCUGAAAGAACAUUCACUGCAGGAACACGGAGAGACGCUGACGCUUCCCAAACUCAGAGCUGGAGCCGCUCUCCGAUCCACACGACCCAAUGCCGAACAAUCACCCCCCCUUCACCCACAAUGCAACGAGGCCGGUGGGUAUCUGGAGCCGACAGACGUUCAGCAGCAGUUGAGUCACUUCCAGCUGGCGUCUCGUGUUCAGAGCGACGUGUCGUCCAGCCCGUCUGCAGAGGGUCCCGUGGCUCCCCCCCGACCCGACAUCAUCCUCACCUGUGAGUUCUGUGAGUUCAGCUCUGGUUACAUGCAGAGUCUGCGCAGACAUUACCGCGACCGGCACGGCGGGAAGAAGCUCUUUAAAUGCAAGGACUGCUCGUUCUUUACCUGCUACAAAUCCACGUUCACGCUGCAUGUGGAGGGCGGUCACUCCAGCAGUCCUGAGGAGAUUCCUAAAGAUCUGCGCUGUCCGUUCUGUCUGUAUCACACCAAACACAAGAGCAGCAUGAUCGAUCACAUCGUCCUGCACAGAGAGGAGCGUGUGGUACCGCUGGAGGUGUCGCGCUCAAAGCUGUCUCGUCGUCUGGAGGGCGUGGUUUUCCGCUGUCAUAAAUGCACCUUCACGUGUUCCAGCGAGCAGAACCUCCAGCAGCACGUGGAGAAACACGAGGAACUGAAGCCGUAUCAGUGUCAGCUGUGCUACUACGACAGCAAACUCCUGCACGAGCUGGAGAUUCACCUGCAACACGAGCACAAGGUGAUCCGUAACUUGGAGCUGGUGGGCCGGGUGAACCUGGAUCAGCUGGGGCUGCUGAAGGAGAAACUGAAGGAGACGAGCGGCAGUGAGGAAGAGGAGAGAGAGGACGCAGAGACUGCAGAGGAAGAGGAGCUGAUGGAUGAGCAGGAUGAGGACGAGGAGGAGGAGAUGACUGACAGUCGACAGGAGGAGUCCAGCCACACCACAGAUGUGACGGGCGUUCCGGAGUCUCCGGAAGUGAAGCGUUAUCCAUGCGAGUUCUGCGGCCGAACGUUCACGCUCAGCACGGAAUGGGAACGUCACGUCCUUCGGCACGGCAUGACUGUUAACGGCAGCAAGAAGGACGGCAGUCCGUCAUCAACUCUGCCUCUGAUUGGUCCUGUGUCCGUGACUGACAGAGGCCUGGACCUAUCCAGUAACACUGUGGAUGCUGAGAGGACGCAUCAGUCUGACCCGCAGGACGUCAAAGAGAUGCUGGAGACCAAAAACAACCCUUAAGAGGCUAAAGGAAAGCUGUAGAGUCCUCAGUGACGUGCUUCAGAAUGGUGGUUCGUUUGAAUGUUUGUCUGUUCUUGUUCAUUUGCUUUGUUGCAGAACAACAUCGGCUGCUGCGUUAAUAUUCCAUGAAAAAGCUACGUUUGUGGAAAGUAAUCGCCGCGUUAAACAUUGAGGUCCUUCAUGUUUGUUUAGUUGCUCAAUCUUACACUGAAUUUUUACAAAGUGUGUCUUGGUCCCUCAGGACAGAUGUUGAUAUAUUGGUAACCAAUAGUGAAUGACACUGGCAGGCGAAUAUUCCGAUGGGAUUCCGGGUGGAACACGAUCCUCUUGAUGGAAUCACGUGAAGCUGUUUUUACUUCAAGCACUUUUUAUCGCGUUCAUUUAUUUAAAACUGUGUAACAGUGAUUCGCGUAUACGGUUAACACACAAUAAAGAUGAUGUACAGGUAACGUACAGAUAAUGUGAGUAAAGGAACGUCUUCCACGGCAGUGAACUGACACACACACACACGCUGAUAGUCUUGAAGACGGUGUGUGUGUGUGUGUGUGUGUGUGUGUGUGUGUGUGUUUCACAUUUAUGAUACGAGCUCUGAGCUUUAAAAACACACACCCGCCGUAUUCUCUCUCCACGAGGACUCGACCCGGUCCAUCGGAAUGACGCCUGACGGUUUCAGUUUUUGACAUUUUAGCCUUGUGUUAAUCUUCCUGUAGCUGAAUUCCUUGAGGAAUAUUCUCAUCUUAUUUAUCUGGAUGUCACAAGUUUGUUUUAAUGAAGAUUUUAGAGAAUCAAAACGUUCCCCAAAAAACCUUGUAGCAAAUUGCUACUUUUGAAGACUUUGUAUUGCUCUGGAUUUCCCAACAAACGCUUCACUUUACAAACAGAAACACAUUCAGAUCCAGACGUGCAGAGAAUCUCAGAUGUUGACACAGCAGCUGUUUCUCAUUGCCUGAUCUUACCUGAACUUUUAAAGGAAUAUUCCACGUUCACGUGUUAUUUAUUGACAUACCACAGAAAAUCAUGUUGGUUAUAAAGUAAUGUGAAGGGAAACCUGGUGUGUGCAGUGAUCACGCCGAUGACGAAACGUGUUUAAAUUACGACACGCAGCAUAUAAAUGAAUCAUUCUGAAUGACUGUAAAGCCGAGUUGAAGGUUUUCUGCGUAAUGUCACGGAUCGAUUGAAUCAGGAAUAUUUCUUUGAAAUGAUGAAGAAAUGGCAGAAUGAAAGUUUGAAAUCACUUCCAAAGCUUGUCACCCGUUUGCGUUUCUGUAUGUUGACAUGAGAUAAAUUCAUAUGGCAGUUGUACAAUAAGGCUGAGAUUGAAUGUGACGGACGAUGCUGCUGGAAAACCCCAAAGCCUUAUAUCAGACUCCAGAUGCUUCCGUCCAGAAGCAGAAGAAAUUCUUUCUCCAUGAUAACCACGAGCCAUGACGUCCAGAAAACCUUUCGACCAAAAGUAGCCCGAGAUAUGAUUGUGUUUCUCGAGCAAUGACUGAACAUUGCUGUGAGGAAACCCAGCGGCCUUCUGGGUAAUGUCGUGCAUGCCGUUUCACAGCCAAACUCCUCAUUCAUACGUGUUUCAAACUGUGCUGUUGCAGAAAGUUCAUUUAAAUGUUGUUCUGAUAUUUAACUUGAAGAAAAAAACUGAAGAAUAGAAAGAAAAAUACAAAACCAAUAGAAUAAUGUUUGUUUUUAGCUCUCCACUGUUCAAUGCUGUUGUAAAUUGUCUGGUUAAGAAAAAGAAUAAUAAUAAAAAACAACAACUCCUCCUUUUGUACCUUUGAGAGUCCUUCCGUUUCCUUCAUAAGGAGCAGCUCAGCCUUUCUGAAAGAAACCCCACGACGUAGAGAAUCAUCAAAGAAAUAAGCUUUUGACAUGCUGUGGUAACACACUGGAUAUAUACAGUAUAUAUGUGUAUAUAUAUGCUUUAGUUUUUAUGGGUUCCCUUUAAUUCUCUCUCUCUCGUACUGUUAAAGGUGCAUCAUAGUUGAACUUUAACCUCCUCUUCUCCAUUUGGCCUUCUGUGACAAUAAUCCUGAUGAUUUCUGACGGUUGCUUGUGAUGUCGACUAGACUGGUUGUUUACGGUUUUAUUCCUUUGGUUUUCUCUAUAUUCUGUAAAUAUUGUAAUUCAUUGUCUUUUUUUAACUUGGUAAUAAAGUUAUCAGAUAACGUAAA